ACACACAGUUCGAAACUAUCUGUCUAUUCGUUAAACCCUGUUUGUACAAUAUGGCUUUCAAAAUCGCUUGCUUAGUCCUGUCGCUGGCUUUAGCCUGCUACGGAUUCCCUCACUACAGCGGCGGUGGUUACGGUGGUAGCAAGGGUGGUUACGGCGGCAACCAAGGCGGUUUCGGCGGCAACCAAGGUGGUUACGGCGGUAACCAAGGUGGUUAUGGUGGCGGUUCCCAAGGCGGUUAUGGUGGUGGCUCCCAGGGCGGUUUCGGUGGCCCCCAAGGCGGCUUCGGUGGACCCCAAGGCGGUUUCAACAGUCCCCAAGGCGGUUUUGGCGGCCCCCAAGGUGGAUUUGGACAAAGCGGACCUAGCUUCGGUCAAGGCACACAGGGAUUGCCCCAGCACGGAUCAAACAUUCCUUCGGGAGCCUUCGGUCCCGGCCAGGGUGGUUUCGGGGGACCUGGAUCUCAUGGCAGCAGCGGGGGAUUUGGAGGACCAAGUGGUAACAGUGGCUUCGGGUCUGGAGGCUCAGGAGGCUACGGAGGUCACAGCGGCCACCACGGAGGUUACAAAGCACAUGGCUACUAGAUUCAUUGUUACUUGAUUGAUUGAUGAAAUUCUUGAGUAAUUAUAUUUGACUGUGAUAAAUAAAUAUUUGUUUACAAAUA